AAAAUCUUACUCCGGUUAGGGUUACUUCAAAAUCCCACACACCAGUUUUCCUUAAGCUUAUCCAGGAAAAUCCCGUCCCCAAAAAUUCCCAUUCCUUCCUUCCCAAUUCUCCUGGAAGCUCCACCGUCGCCUCUCACUCUCACUCUGAAGUAUGGGUGUACAGACACGAAACAGUAAUGAUCGGUUGAGAACAGUUUGGACGCCUGAAAUGGAUCGAUAUUUCAUUGAUCUCAUGCUAGAACAAGUUGACAAAGGGAACAAAUUUGAUGAUCAUUUGUUCAGCAAACGAGCCUGGAAAAACAUGAUCUCACUGUUCAAUUCAAAGUUCAGAUUCGAGUAUGAAAAGGAUGUUUUAAAGAAUAGACAUAAAACACUAAGGAAUCUGUACAAAGCUGUGAAGAAUCUUCUUGAUCAGAGGGGUUUCAGCUGGGACGAAGUUCGACAAAUGGUGACCGCUGAUAAUAAUGUCUGGGAUGAAUAUCUCAAGGCACACCCUGAAGCACGAUCAUUCAGAAUUAAGAGCAUUCCGUAUUACAAUGAUCUGUGUAUAAUAUACGGAGACACAACUGUUGAACAAAAAAGGAUUUAUUUACAGGAGUCAUCUCAUUCAGGUGAGAAUGAGGCAAUGUAUACGAAGCCACUGGGGACUGCUAGCGAGGGAGAUGUCGAGUCACUUCAGGAAAUCAUGAUUGGUGAAGACUAUAAAAUCUCUUUACCUGGAAAUGUUAUUGAUGAGAUACCACAACAUGGGUCCAAUAUAACAGCAACCACCACCAUUUGUCGUUCCCGAACAUAUUGGCAGCCUCCAAUGGACAGGUUCUUCAUAGACCUAAUGCUGGAGCAAGUGCAGAAAGGCAAUCAAAUAGAUGGGAUUUUCCGCAAACAAUCAUGGUCUGAGAUGAUUGCAUCAUUCAAUGCUAAGUUUGGUUUCAAUUAUGAUGUGGAUGUAUUGAAGAAUAGGUACAAAACUCUAAGGCGGCAGUAUAACGUCAUAAAGAAUCUGUUAGACUUGGAUGGUUUUCUCUGGGAUGAAACACGUCAAAUGAUUACCGCUGAUGAUUACGUUUGGCAAGACUAUAUCAAGGGACAUACAGAUGCUCGGCAAUUCAUGACACGGCCAAUCCCGUACUAUAAAGACCUGUGUGUGAUCUGUGAUCCUAGUUUCGACGAAAGAGACUGCUUAUCAGGACAAGGUAUAGAGCAGCACCAUGACGCUGAGGACGGAAAACUUUCGAUAGGUUUCCAAUCUCCUGUUACAUCGGUUUCAAGUGAAGAACAGGCGAGUGUGAAGGAAUCAACACAUUUGGGUCCAAAGAACAAAAGGGAAUUAGAAAGUAUGUCUAGUUUCAAUCACAAUAAGAAGCUAAGAGGGGAAGAUGAAAGCAUGGCUAGUGCUCUACGGGAGAUGGCGAGCGUUGUUUCUUCCUUGUCGGAGAAGAAGAAUGAUGAUAACUUGAGUUCCAUCUCGAUUGAGACAGUGAUUGAAGCUAUCCAAGCAUUGCCAAACAUGGAUGAAGAUCUUGUAUUGGAUGCUUGUGAUCUCCUUGAGGAUGAAAGGAAGGCAAAAACGUUUAUUGCAUUGGAUGUUAAAUUACGACGAAAAUGGUUGAUACGAAAACUUCGCCCCCAGGGAUAGCUUCUUUUAGCUUUUAUUUAUUUUAUUCUUUUUCCCCUUAUAGAGUGAGAACUUUAUAGAGAAAACUUUUGAUGUCAUGAAAUAAGAGCAAUAAGAUGUUACAUUAUUAGAUUUUGAGCGUAAAUUUGUAAGUGUACACAACGAAUGACUAGUAUAAAAGAAUAGAUUUUGGUGGUUCUGAGAAUCGGGGAAAUUUGUAUGGAUGAUCCAAAAAUUGGGUCCAAAACGUCAAAUGAUCAUUUUUUUAAAAAUAA